AUGUACCUCUUCGCCGUGCUGACGGCCAGCUCGUUCUGGGCCCUGAUCUCGGUACAACCUGCAGAGCCGCCGUGGUUCCCUCCCCUCGGCGAGACGGGACAGUACGAAGGAAAGCGCUACUGCCAGGAUAAAUACGUGACGUUCGGCGUCGACGUAGCGACGGCCAACCACAGCUUCAUCGCCGCCACGAUCAACGACACCGUCACAUUUCCCGACUGGAAGGAGCGGGUCACGUGGAUGCAUCUCCAGAUCAAGACGAUGGGCGACGCCCACUUCUACGACCGCUCUGUGCUGAUAGUCGAAGGCCACGGCCCGAAGGCAUACCGUAGUAGCACGCCGUUAUGCCUGAGGCUGGAGGACGUCGACAAGCUUGCUCAGACGAGCGGCAAGGAGAAACUGGACCUCCUGGUCCUUACGAAGGCAUCUCACCUCCGCGUCGUGGACAUGUUCGAGGAUCCGUUCCCGCAACUGCUCAGCUUCCGGCCCGGCAACCCGUUCCAAGCCUCGAUACUGCUCGAUCAAACCAAUACUUAC